AUGAGGUGUAGCCUUCACCUGCUUAUCCUGCUCCUUCCGCUGCUUAAAUCCCCCUGCACGGUUCAGGAAAAGACCAGCAACCAAGAAAAUCAAACCAAAAAACCCCUUAAAACCAAGAUUCAUCCUCUGGUGAUCAGUACCUGGAGCUAUAGGGAUGCCAAUCUGCAGGCCUGGAGUGUCUUGAUGGAAGGACCUCGCCGUACCCGCCAAGCUGUGAUCCAGGGCUGCCUGGCCUGUCUGCACAAGCGAUGUGGUCGCCUUCUGGCCGAAGGAUCUUCACCGGAUGAGGCAGGAAAUCUCACAUACGAAGCAGCCAUCAUGGAUGGUGAGACCUUGAAGUUUGGCGCCGUUGCUGGGCUGGAGGGUGUUCGGCAUGCCAUCCUCGUGGCGGAUUCCGUCCUGCAGUACACAAAGCACUCGCUGAUUGUGGGCGAAAGUGCUGGAAUAUUUGCCAAAUCCCUGGGCUACCAGGAGGAGGAGCCACUCUCGAGUCCCUACACCAAGGAAGUCCUCAGUGAAUGGCGAAUGCAACGCUGUCAGCCGAAUUUCUGGCGCGAUGUUCUUCCCUCGGAGUCGGAUAAUUGUGGUCCCUACUCUCCGUUGGCGGAGCAUCUUCUCCGCCCGCAGCCCCUACGCCAGGAAUAUCUCAUCCAGCAGGGUCAACACGAUCAACUGGCCUUCCUGGCCCUGGACGGCGAGGGUCGCUUGCAUGUGGCCAGCCACUCGAGUGGAGCUCAGUUCCGGAUUCCGGGACGCGUGGGGGACUCGGCGGUGCCGGGUGCCGGGAUCUAUGCAGAUAACGAGGUGGGCGGUGCUGUGGUCAGCGGGGACGGUGAUGUCCUGAUGCGACACCUGCCCGCCUUCCUCGCCGUGGAAGCCCUGCGAGCGGGUCAGAGUAUAUACCAGGCCGCCGAGUCGGUCAUCCAGAGAAUGCUGAAACACAAUACGGAGUUCAAUGGCGGCAUUGUGGUGGUCACUCGUCUGGGCUCCUAUGCUGCCGCCUGUGCAGGAAUGGAUGAGUUCCAGUUCGUGGUCAGCGGCGGCCAGGAAUACCAAAGCAUGGCGCGUGAGGAGAGGAUCCAGUGUGUGGACCGGAAGGAUAUCAUACUUGAAGGACCCAAAGGAAUCUUCCUACGCGUUCCCGAGAAAAUUACGGGGAAUACGUAAAGGAAAGAGUCGAGAAAAGUCAAGAAAAGUUGAAGAAAUACGAAGGAA